ACAAAAUCCCACCAUCUCUAUUGGAGGUUUUAGGUAUUCAUUUCUCUGUGAAAUCACACACACAAUCUUACUGUUUGUGAGAAUCGAUGGACUUCCAAGUAGUUGUAUUAGCAGGCGGGUUUUCCAAAACGCUCGUCCCUCUCGUUUCCAAGGAGGUGCCCAAAGUGCUUCUGCCAGUGGCGAACAGGCCAGUGCUUUCUUAUGUUUUGGAGCUUCUCGAGCAAAACGACCUCCGUAAAUUGGUAAAGGUUGUUGAAGGGGAAUCCGCGGCUCUUUUGAUCAGCUCCUGGAUUUCGAGCACGUUUGUCGAUCGACUGCAAGUUGAGGUAACAGCAGUUCCUGAGGAUGUUGGGACCGCUGGUGCUCUUAGAGCUAUUGAUCACCGGUUGACUGCAAAGGACAUUUUGGUUCUGAGUGGUGAUCUGGUUAGUGAAAUUCCACCAGGGGCAGUGGCAGCUGCUCAUAGACGACAUGAUGCUGCAGUUACUGCAAUGCUUUGCUCUGUUCCUGUCAGUGGGCCAUCAGAAUCAGGCUCAUCUGGUGCUAAGGACAAAACCAAGAAAGCAGGACGCUAUAAUAUUGUAGGCCUGGAUCCAACUAAGCAAUUUUUACUGCACAUAGCAGCUGGAGCUGAGAUGGACAAAGAUAUUCGUGUGCAGAAGAGCAUUCUUCGAGCUGCUGGCCAGAUGGAAAUCCGUGCUGAUCUAAUGGAUGCUCAUAUGUAUGCAUUCAAGAGGUCUGUUUUGCAAGAGGUCCUGAAUCAGAAAGAAAAUUUUCAAAGUUUGAGGCGUGACGUAUUGCCUUAUCUUGUCAGGACCCAGCUGAGAUCUGAAUUAUUUCUAAAUGGAGCUCAGUCAGAUGAAAAUGGCAGUGGUAUGGACGCUGUUCAGAACAGUAAAGUUUUGCUAUCUCAACUUCUUGCUAAUGCAUCCACACCAAGUUUUCAUGAAAUGUACGCACUGGAUUCGGCCGAGUCUGCUCCUAUUUCAAGGAAAACUCAUAAAUGUUGUGUUUAUAUUGCUAAUAAGAGCAAGUAUUGUGCGCGAUUAAAUUCCAUCCAAGCAUUCAGUGACAUAAAUCGAGAUAUAGUAGGAGAUGCAAGUCACAUUUCAGGCUAUAAUUUCUCGAACCAUAACAACAUAAUUCAUCCAUCAGCUGUACUUGGAUCUAAGACAACGGUGGGGCCACACUGCAUGGUUGGAGAAGGUUCGCAAAUGGGCGACAAAUGCAGUGUGAAGAAGUCUGUCAUUGGCCGUCAUUGUCGAAUAGGUUCAAAUGUUAAGAUUGUGAAUUCAGUUGUAAUGAACCAUGUGAGUAUUGGGGAUGGUUGUUCGAUCCAAGGUUCCAUUAUCUGCAGUAAUGUACAGCUCCAAGAGCGUGCCGUAUUAAAGGACUGCCAGGUUGGAGCAAGUUUUGUGGUGACUGCUGGCAGCGAGUACAAGGGAGAAUCAUUGGCGAAGAAAGAAAAGCAAUAGUAAUAAUAAUAAUUCGUUUUCUUGCAAUACUCAUCUUAAAAGUUGUUGGGAGCUUCGAUCUCGGAGGGUAAAAGUCGGUCAGCAACAAUUUUGUUUGCCAUUCUGCUUAGAGAGAUGUUUGUUUGUGCCCUUGUGCUAAUUCUCAACUCUACUAUGUGAAACAUAGGUCUCAGAAUUGAACUGUAUAUUUUACUUAGUAAUUCUUGCCAUUCCCGAAUUACAAACGGAAGCAAUGUUGCUAGAGUGAUGGAGCUUUAACUUGGUAAAAUACGAGGGUAGUUUUG